UCGGGGCGCGCUGGCUUGUAAAGCAGGCGCACCCGUAGCAUUACAUAAACAGUGAGAUGCGCAGUUACUUAACACGAUUUUUCCCCCAUUCAUAUUGAGGAUACAAUUGAGUCCCUUCUUUUUCACAACAAAACCAUUGUAGCUAGGUUUGUGCAACUCCGAUGCGUGGUCGUUUUCGAUGUAUUUCAUUUGAACGUUGUCUAGGGCCUUACAGGAAGGAACAUAACGAGACGAAACAUGGAGAAAAGCAGCGGGACAACUUCUACAAAAAGAAAAGCUUCCUCAUCUGAGACAAGUCUUCCAGACUGCAAAAAGCUGAAAUCGAAGGAUAGUGGCAAGACUUGCGCAAAUAAAGCUCUGAACAAGGAAAAGACUAAAAUAGAGAAGGACUCAAGCAAGAAAAAACACAAAUUCUUGGGUAGGUCAGAAGUUUCUCUAAGUUCUAAAGAUGCAAGCCAGAAGAUGAUUCGGGAUGGAUGCCUAGAGGUUUCAAAAAAUGACAAAGGACAACUUGUUUUUAAAGACUUCCCACAGUUCCAACCUAACAUGUCACCAAAAGACGUACUUCAGGCUGGCAGCUUUGGUGGUACCUACUUCAGACCAAUACGCUCAAGUGUCACAAAACAAAAUUGCAAAGAUGAAUGGAAGGAGCUCCCUGAGGAUUGGCUGAAAGGUUUGAACAUUCCCACACAGGUGGCCUCAUCAACAUACACAGACAGUGUAAACACAUACAAAGUGAAGUGUGGAGGCAGUCUAGAAAUGUGGGAAAGCAGUGGAUGGAUUGUAACCCAGGAUCCCUAUGGAUGGUUUCAGUGGUACUGCAGGUUUUACCAUGGUCGGCGUACUAAGGAUGAUGAGCGUCAGAUCGGGCGAUGGGCAAAGUGUGCUGGGGUAAAAGGCCGGUGGAGAAAUAAUCUUAUCACCAAAGUUGUCCGGUCAGGCUGUGGCUUUGACAACCCAACAAUCUCUCCUGUGGUCAGACAGACAUUACAGCACUGGGGGUACCGACUGACCAAGGAGGACUACAAGGAGGGUGCCAAGAGGGUUAAGCCAAAAUAACCAUGCACCCUGCUUGUAUUCAUUAUACGUGUACAGUAGGGAGGCUGGUAGGUAGACGGGCUCAUUGUAAUGGCUGUAAUGGCUGGAAGGAAUUUAAAUGGAACGUUAACAAACAGAUCAAACAUAUGGAAACAACAUUUGAUUCCAUUUCAUUUAUUUAAUUCCAGCCAUAACAAUGAUCCCAUCCUCCUAUAGCUCCUCUCACCAGCCUCCACUGGGGUACAGAAAUAAGUGCAUGCGUUUGACUGUUUUAUUUGCAAACAUGUGUUUGUGGUAUUUUUGAUACUGUAAAUGCAAUGUUUAACUUUAAUGUGACUUAAAAAAAAUAUAGAGAUAUCGAACUCCCUUUCUUGGA